GUACCUUAAGUGACAACAUUUGUUUUGGCUGUUUAUUGGCUUCUAUGAGGGGAGCUGACGCAAGAGCAAUUAUUUGCUGUUGUGCUUUCUUUUACAUCUUUUCCUGAGGAGUGGUGCCAAGUUCUGAUGUGUCAAUUGGUGGAGAUUUUCUUCUGCCUUGAGCUGGUGUGGCAGACGAUGGUGAAGCCGCCACGGUUGGAUCGGGUACAGAACAUGUUCCUCCUCCUGCUAAUUUUGAGCCUGGGAAUGCAGCUUCACCAGACAUCAGCUCUAUUCACAGUGACGGUCCCUAAGGAACUGUACACAGUAGACUCUGGCAGCAAUGUGACCCUGGAAUGUCACUUUGACACUGGAGAUCCCAUGGAACUCAGAGACUUAAAGGCCAGUUUGCAGAAGAUGGAAAACAAUACAUCCUUGCACAGUGAGAGAGCCACCUUGCUGGGGGAGCAGCUGCCCCUGGGGAAGGCCUUAUUCCACAUCCCUCAAGUCCAAGUGGCGGAUGCAGGGCAGUAUCGCUGCCUCAUCCUCUAUGGAGUCGCCUGGGACUACAAAUAUCUGACUCUGAAAGUCAAAGCUUCCUACAAGAAAAUAAACACUCAUUUCCUCAGGAUCCCAGGGCUGGACGAGGUAGAGCUCACGUGCCAGGCCGAAGGCUAUCCCCUGGCAGAGGUGUUCUGGCCAAACGUCAGCGCCCCUGCCAACACCAGCCACACCAAGACCUCCCAAGGCCUCUACCAGGUCACUAGCGUCCUGCGCCUCAAGGCGCACCUGCGCGGGAACGUCAGCUGUGUGUUCUGGAAUGCUAACGUGAAGGAACGUACUUCAGCCGUCAUUGACCCUCAUGGUGGCAAUGAACCUGAUACCUCUUCAAACUGGCUGCUUCAUGUUGUCAUCCCUUCCAUCAUCAUUGUUUUGAUAUUCAUAACUACAAUGAUAGCCCUAAGAAAACAGCUCUUCCAAAAGCUUUGUUUUAAAAAAAACACAACAAAAAACUCUAUCACCACCGUAAGGAGGGAAGUGGACGGAGCUAUUUGAACCUGUGGUUUCAGGAGCUGGGGUGACCUGAUGGGACAUCCUCAAGACGCUUCUGGACUCUGAACAAGAAACUGUGGCCUGCAGAGCUGCUUGUUUGUACUUUUCCAAUGUGUAGAUCCAGUGUUCACCUGGAUACUGCAAAAAGAUGAGGCAGCUCCUGGCCUCCUGUGCUCAGAGGAAGCCAGGCAGCCUGCCGCUCACAGAUCCAGGCUCUCCCCUCUGCAGACUGUGACGCUAAGCAAGCACUACGGCACUUUAGAAAAUGAUCACGCUGGAUGCUAGAUGCCAAUGAGUGUUCUGAGGCUCCUUCUUGCUGCCAGACUGAGCACAAAGGGAAUUUUGCCCCUCACACUUCCAAAGUGAUUUCCAGAAGCAGAGAUGAUUUCCAGUUACAGAAAUGGACCAAUUUCCAGUAGAUGAUUUUUAUCUACAGUUUUGUCUGGAUACCAGAAAAGCUUAUUGAGGCCAUGAACUCGCAGAGCUUUAAACAAAGUCGAGGCAUAAUUGACAUGUCAUACGGCUUAGUGGAAUCUUGAAAGCCUCUGAGUUGUUUGAAUUAACAGAAAGCAUUUAAUUACAUAGUGCGCGACGACAAAUUGUAGAGAAAGGCCGUUGAGUAUUUUUGUGAGAUCUAAAUCACAAAGCAUUUGUUUUAACCUGUAAUGACACCAUAUUGAAUGAUUUUUUAAAAAACUAUAUCUUCCUUUUUAAAAAAAUGCUGUUGUUUUGAUUUUUUUUUUUUUAACCUCAGAAACCAAUGGCAUCCAUUUAAAAAAAUCUGGCACACUAAUAUGCUGCACCUGCCAAGAUUUCAGAUGGGUACCCAUAAUGGUCAA